AUGUCAGGCGUCAGAGCAUUGAUGGUUGUGUCGGGGCCAUCGGGCAGUGGCAAAAGCACCCUGCUGAAUAUGCUGUUCAAGAACUAUCCAAGCACCUUUGGCUUCAGCGUUUCCCACACAACCCGGGGACCACGACCUGGUGAAGAGGACGGCAAGGCAUACCACUUCACAACGCGUGAAAACUUUCAGGCGAUGGUGAGCCAGAAUCAGUUUAUCGAGUAUGCUGAGUUUUCUGGAAACAUGUACGGCACGUCGAUCGCUGCUGUCGAGGCGAUCAGCCAUGCCGGCACGAUCUGCGUGCUGGAUCUGGAGAUAGCUGGCGUCCAGAGCAUCAAGCGCUUGAGCAAGCCAGCACAUUACAUAUUCAUCCAGCCUCCCUCGAUCGAGGCACUCGAGAGGCGGUUGCGGGAUAGAAAGACGGAAAGUGAGGAGACGCUGCAGACUCGCUUGGCCACCGCCAAAGCGGCAAUGGACUAUGCCGCCGAGCCCGGUGUCUACGACUGCAUUGUCGUCAACGACGCGGUGGAUGAAGCAUACGCGAGACUCGAGGAGUUUGUCCAGAAAACAUGGAAUCUCCAGCCUCACGGAUCCGAGAAGUCCAAAUCCAAGACAUGCAAUGCGCUCUGAUCCUUGACCCGUCGAUCCAGCGCAAUCGUUGUGGCAACGGCGACGCUGCCUCGUAACGAUCUGGCGUCGAUGUCGCAGCGUGUCGAAUAGAGAAUAGAGCACAUCAUUUCAUCCGGACAAAGCACGCCGGAACAGGGCCCAUAUCAUAAUACAUGGCCAAGUGCCCUG